AUGUCUGAAUGCCGUUUUUACCACGAUGCUUUCGAAAAUGUACGAAGAAUUUCUCAUUAUAGUCUGACACCUAUAAAUAGUUUGGCUCACUUCACUCCUGGUGCAGUCGAGGUCAUAUGGGGGCACAGCACAGCUACAAAAAACACAUCUCAUCAAGAGGGUAAAUAG